GAAACCCAAGAAGCGGCAUCCCUUGGAAAAAGAGAAGAUCAAGGAGAGAAAGCUCCAGUUCUUUGUUUUUCUGAUUUUGCUCUGUUAUUUUCAGUUUCUCUCUGCUGAUGCGAAGAUAAAAGAAGGUUUAGUUCCAAUGACGACUUCGCUUAGCAGAGACCUAAUCUUCCUGAUCCUGCAGUUUCUCGAUGAAGAAAAGUUCAAGGAAACUGUUCACAUCCUCCAGAAGGAAUCAGGUCUGUUUUUCAGCAUGAAGUACUUUGAGGACCUGAUCCUCGGCGGAAAAUGGGAGGAGGUUGAGCGGUACCUUUCUGGGUUCACUAGAGUCGACGAUAAUCGUUAUUCCAUGAAGAUAUUUUUCGAAAUCCGCAAGCAAAAAUACCUUGAGGCCUUAGACAAGCAUGAUAGGACCAUGGCUGUCGAAAUUCUUGCCAAGGAUCUUAAAGUUUUCUCCUCUUUUAACGAGGACUUGUUCAGGGAAAUCACUCAGCUCCUAACAUUAGAUAAUUUUAGGGAGAAUGAGCAAUUAUCAACUUAUAGAGAUGCAAAGACAGCAAGAACAAUUAUGUUGGGCGAGCUCAAGAAGCUGAUUGAGGCAAAUCCUCUUUUUUGUGACAAGUUGCAGUUCCCUAACAUUAAAACUUCAAGGUUACGGAUGCUCAUUAAUCAAAGCUUAAAUUGGCAACAUUCCCUUUGUGCAAAUCCUAGGCAAAACCCUGAUAUAAGAACUCUUAUGGUGGACCACAAUUGUAGAAAUUCUACUGAUCCAUACACACAACUAGCCACAAGCAAUCAGCUUAUGGUUUCUGCACAAAGAACAGAAGGCUUCAUUCCAAUGUGUGCAAAUGGGCCGUUCCAACCUGCAUCAACAUCAGUUCAAGCUCCUUUAAGUGCAUGGCUAACAGCUCCUUUAAGCAUGAAUCACCCACUAGUUUCUGUAGGAGGUAGCCUAGGUGGCCCGUCAAAUCUCGCUGCAGUGUCAAAGGGUCUUGUUGAUUCUGAUAUGUCAAAGCCAAGGGUUAGUGCAGUUCCUGACAGGAUAAUGCCACCAGGUAUUAAUUCCUCUCAGAAUGGUUUGCAAUUUAACAUGACUGAAGAAUUGCCGAGGACUGUUGCACGCACGUUGAACCAAGGAUCCCUUACCACAAGCAUGGACUUCCAUCCUAUUCAACAAACUCUCCUUCUCUCUGGAACAAACAUUGGGGAGAUAAGUUUGUGGGAAGUUAGUUCUAGAGAGAAGUUAGUUUCGAGAAACUUUCAGGUGUGGAAUAUUGGAGCAAGUUCUAUGACAUUAAAGGCAGCUUUGAUCAAAGAUCCAUUUGUCUCAGUAAGGCGUAUAUUAUGGAGCCCUGAUGGUUCUUUGUUUGGAGUUGCAUAUUCUAAACAUAUGCUGCAGCUGUACAGUUAUUUUGAAGGGAAUGAUAUUCGACAACAUUUGGAGAUUGACUCGCAUAUUGGUGCUGUAAAUGAUCUAGCAUUCUGUAACCCCUAUAAGCAACUUGCGGUUAUUACUUGUGGUGAUGACAAGACCAUCAAGGUGUGGGACGUAGAUACUGGCGCUAAUAUGUACACAUUUGAAGGUCAUGAGGCUUCUGUACAUUCUGUCUGUCCUCAUAACAAAGAAAAUGUCCAUUUUUUCUUUUCAACAUCAGUGGAUGGCAAGAUAAAGGCCUGGUUAUAUGACACGAUGGGAUCCAAGGUCAAUUAUUAUGCUCCUGGUUGCUCCUGUGCUGCAAUGGCCUAUAGUGCUGAUGGAAAAAGGUUAUUCUCAUGUGGAACCACGAAAGAAGGGGAGUCACACAUGGUCGAAUGGAAUGAAAAUGAAGGUACUGUUAAGAGAACCUACCAAGGAUUUCACAAACGUUCUUUGGGAAUUGUUCAGUUUGAUACUGCCAAGAAUCGUUUCUUGGCAGUUGGUGAUGAUUAUUCAAUUAAAUUCUGGGACAUGGAAAAUUGCAUUCUUUUAAUGACUGUUGAUGCCGAGGGAGGAUUACCGGCAAGUCCUCGUAUCCGCUUCAACAAGGAGGGCUCCUUGUUGGCUGUUUCUGCAAAUGAUAAUAAAAUAAAGAUUUUGGCAACAGUUGAUGGUCUUCGAUUAAUGCGUACAUAUGAAACUCAUUCCCAUAUUGCUCCAAGACCAGCUCCAUCUAAUGCUCCAGUUAAGAAUGGUGACUCAAGAAAGCCGGAGGAUACAAAACCGAAAUCAACUGAAGAAGUAAACCCAGUAAAAGCAGCCAAGGUCACUGAGAUUAGCACAUCUGCUCAAUUUCGUUCACUCAAACUCUCAGCUCAUUUCGAAGCAGAUAAGAUCGGAAGGUUGGUUUAUACUUAUACAGGUAAUGCCAUUUUGGCAUUAGCAUUUAAUGCUAUUCAUUUACUGUGGAAGUGGCCGCAAAAUGACCUCAAUUUGAGUGGGAAGGCCACAACAAAGGCUGCCCCUCAACUAAUGCAACCAGCAUCAGGCAUAUUAAUGACCAAUCAUCUGAUUGAGGGUAACCCUGUUGAAACUGUGCCAUGUUUUGCAUUGUCCAAGAACGACUCCUAUGUCAUGUCUGCAUCAGGAGGCAAAAUUACAUUGUUCAACAUGAUGACAUUUAAGAAAAUGGUAACUUUCAUGUCUCCACCCCCUGUGGCUACAAAUCUUGCUUUUCAUCCUCAAGAUAACAAUAUAAUCGCUAUUGGCAUGGAGGAUUCCACAGUUUACAUCUACAAUGUUCGUCUAGAUGAGGUCAAGAGCAAGCUUAGGGGUCACUCUAAGAGAAUUACUGGUCUUGCCUUUUCCCCUCUGUUGAAUAUACUUGUUUCUUCUGGAGCUGAUGCCCAGAUCAUUGUGUGGGACUUGAAUAAUUGGGAAAGGAAGAAUGGAUGCUAUUUGCAAUCUCCAGCAGGAAGGACACCUACAGCAAGGUCAGACACCCAGAUACAGUUUCACCAGGAUCAGACACAGUUGCUCGCUGUAAACGAAACUCAACUUGCCAUAUAUGACAUGAGGAAAAUGGAGUGUAUAAAGCAGUUGGCUAUAGGAGAAGCAUCAGCAUCAAUCUCCCAUGCAACAUUUUCAUGUGAUAGCCAGUUAGUGUACACCAGUUUCGUGGAUGGAACAGUGCGCAUAUUUGGUGCCUCAAAUCUUCAAUUACAACGCCAGAUAAAUCCCGCCGCUUAUCUCCCAUCCAAUGCCAGCUCAACUGUUUAUCCGCUUGUGGUUGCUGCACAUCCCCAAGAACCCAACCAGUUUGCCAUAGGCCUAACUGAUGGCAGCGUUUACGUGUUUGAACCACUUGAGUCUGAAGGUGAAUGGGAUGUUGUGCCCCAACCUCAACGCAUUGAGAAUGGAUCCACAAGUACCAUUUCUACUCAAGUUGCAGCCUUGGAUCAACCCAAACCCCAACCCUAGGGCUAAUAUUUCAAACCAAUGUAUACUUAGGUUAUUUAGUGCUGUAACUAAAACCUGAUAGACAGCUAUAGUUCUUAUAUGAAAUUGUUUUUCUCAUUCUAAAA